AUUGAUAAUAAAAAUAAAAUAAUGGACGCUACAGGGGAUUUGCCUACUUGGAAAUUUAUUUAUUUAGAAGUUUCAAUGUUGUUACCUUCAGUUGUAACAGGUGUGCUAUUUUGGAAAUUUGGAUAUCCAAUGAUAGCAUUAUUAACGAUUUUGUUAUUCUGCUAUCUAAUUGUACCAGGAUUGCUUUUAUAGUAAUAUAUUAUUUAAGAAUUAGUCUUGAUAAGGUUUCUACUCAUGUAACAAGACUGUCAUCAAGCUUUGCUAACAUAGCUUUGGAAUAGAGUGAAUAAUUAAAGAAAGGAAUGAUAUGGUUUGCUGUUUGCUUAUCAAUAUCAUUUUUAGCAUUCUUUAUUUCACUUAGUUAUGUCCCUUUCUGGUCAUUCCAUAGAAUCAAUUUCUUUUAUAUGGCAAAUACUGAAAUUAUAGUGGUAAAAAAAAUGAAUAAAUAGUUAGAUUUCGGUAUUAAUGGUCUUAUUAGAUCCAUUUUUAGAAGAAUUCUUUUGGAGAGUAUUCCUACAAAGUGGUUUUGCUGGAGGAUUAACAUAUACUAAUCCUAAAGAAUGGAUCAUCUGGAUAGUUGCCAUUCAUUAUGGUUUACUAUAUGUAUUUAUCUUUGCUGUAGUAACAAGGUAAUUUCUAUUACUAAUUAUAUAGUAAAUUCGUAUAUGCAAUAUUUUGUGCCAUACCAUUUGUUAUUUUCAGUAGAAAGUUUUCAUUUAUUCGUGAUUCUGGGGUUUUAACUGCAAUUUUAGGACACACUGGAUUUAAUCUUGGAUUUGUAAUUGUAUUAAAUCUAUGGUAUUGGAAUUAAUGGGAAGUUCAUGGAUGGAAACCAUUUGAAUUUUGAUAAAUAAUAUAAG